CUGCUCAAGCAAGUUACGGUAGAACGCCACGAGCAGAAACAAAAACAGAGCCAUGGCUUCUCCAUCCACAGCCAUCUUGUUGGCCCUCGUCAUCGCAUUGGCCUGUGCGGCCACCACGGCGGACGCGAGGUUCACGGCGAUGCAGUGGACUCCGGCGCACGCCACGUUCUACGGCGACGAGACCGCGGCUGAGACCAUGGGUGGGGCGUGCGGGUACGGCAACCUGUACGCGACCGGGUACGGCACGGACACGGCGGCGCUGAGCACGACGCUGUUCAAGGACGGGUACGGGUGCGGGACGUGCUACCAGAUCCGGUGCGCGGGCUCCCGCUGGUGCUACUGGGGCUCCCCGGUGAUCACGGUGACGGCCACCAACCUGUGCCCGCCCAACUGGGCGCAGGACACCAACAACGGCGGGUGGUGCAACCCGCCGCGCACCCACUUCGACCUCUCCAAGCCGGCCUUCAUGAAGAUGGCGCAGUGGCGCGCCGGCAUCGUGCCGGUGAUGUACCGCCGGGUGCCGUGCGUGAGGCGGGGCGGCCUCCGGUUCGCGCUCCAGGGGAACCCCUACUGGUUGCUGGCGUACGUCAUGAACGUCGCCGGCGCCGGCGACGUCGCGGAGAUGUGGGUGAGGAGCGGCGCACGCGGCGCAUGGGUGCGCAUGAGCCACAACUGGGGCGCGUCGUACCAGGCGUUCGCGCAGCUCGGCGGACGGUCGCUCAGCUUCAAGGUGACGUCCUACACCACGCGGCAGACCGUCGUAGCCACCGACGUCGCGCCGGCCAACUGGUGCCUCGGGCUCACGUACCAGGCCCGCGUCAACUUCUCCUGAAUUGAGAGGCCGGCGGGGCACGACGUUCCGUAGCAGAAGUUUGCAGGAGCUGUGAUACUGAGAGCGCUCUGCCCUGCUAUGAUGUUUCGUUGUUUUCCUCUGUUUCUCGUAGUUCAAGUUCAUUCAGAUUUCAGAGUUGGGACCGUGUCGCGCGUUGCCCCCGUCCAUGAGCGGUGGGUUUGACGCCAGCAUUAUUGAUGUAAACUUUCCUUAAAUUGAAAUGCAACACU